UCUCCUGGCAGCCAUCAUGAAGGGUACUGUCUCGAUCUGCUGUCUCCUCACCCUGCUGUUUUUGCAGGCCACAGCAGAGGUGGAAGAAUUUGACCCUGUCCUAAGAGAUAAAUCCCACAUUGAUGAGACACUGCGGCUUGCAACAGAGGAAAAAGCAGCAGACUAUGCCGCGGCUAUACAGAAGUUGCGGAAGAUCUACCAUUCGUCCAUCAAACCAAUGGAGCAGACCUACAAGUACAACGAGCUGAGGCAGCAUGAGAUUUCAGCAUAUCCUGGACGAACCCUGGGCGACUCGGCCACAGAUGGAGAGAUCACCUCCAAGCCCAUGGUGCUGUUCCUUGGACCCUGGAGUGUGGGAAAGUCCUCAAUGAUCAAUUACCUCCUGGGCUUGCACGACAGCCCAUAUCAGCUCUACACAGGUGCUGAGCCCACUACCUCUGAGUUUACUGUUAUAAUGCACGGGGAGAAAAUCCGCUCUGUAGAAGGUAUUGUCAUGGCAGCAGACAGCUCUCGCUCUUUUUCUCCCCUUGAAAAGUUUGGCCAAAACUUCCUGGAAAAGUUAAUCGGCAUUGAGAUGCCCCACAAGCUGCUGGAACGAGUGACUUUUGUGGACACACCGGGAAUCAUAGAGAACCGAAAGCAGCAGGAAAGAGGUUAUCCUUUCAAUGAUGUUUGCCAAUGGUUCAUUGACCGUGCUGAUCUCAUCUUUGUUGUGUUUGACCCAACCAAGCUGGAUGUUGGUCUUGAGCUCGAGAUGCUGUUCCGACAGUUGAAAGGCCGGGAGUCACAGAUCCGCAUCAUCUUGAACAAGGCGGACAACCUGGCCACGCAGGACUUAAUGAGAGUCUAUGGAGCCCUCUUUUGGAGUUUGGCUCCACUCAUUAAUGUUACUGAACCACCGCGUGUCUAUGUCAGCUCCUUUUGGCCAUAUGAUUACGCCCCAGACACCAGUCGAGAACUCUUCAAGAGAGAGGAAAUCUCCCUCCUGGAAGAUCUCAACCAGGUGAUUGAGAACCGAAUGGAGAACAAGAUUGCCUUCAUCCGCCAACACGCCAUCCGUGUACGCAUCCACGCCCUGCUUGUGGACCGUUACGUCCAGACCUUCAAAGAGAAGAUGAGCUUCUUCAGUGAUCCUGAACUGGUCUUCCAGGAGAUUGUGGAUGAGCCGGACAAGUUUUACAUUUUUAAAUCCAUUCUAGCCAAGACCAACGUCAGCAAGUUUGACCUACCCAACCGAGAUGCUUACCGUGACUUCUUUGGCAUCAAUCCAAUCACUAACUUCAAGCCCCUGACAUCUCAAUGUUCCUACAUUGGAGGCUGCCUGUUAGAUAAGAUUGAGAAAGCAAUCACCAAUGAGCUGCCUGCUCUGCUGAGCGGCAUUAACUCUGGCAAGCAGCCUGGCUUGUCGUCCUGUGAGGUUACUGGCUGUGGUGAAAAGCCAAAAAAUCGCUACCGAAAGAACUGAGGAACAUAAAAUAACUUGUCAGGAGGAAGAAAGGAGACAGAGAAGGUAAAGAGAAAGGGAGGUCUGGUGGGAGCCAGAUCCCUGCUUUUGUCAGGACAUUUGUAUUGUUGAAGAGACAGAAGGAAGAUUAAUGUUUGGGUUUUUUUGUCCUCAGGAGAAUAAGCAGAUGCGAUAGUGGGAGAGGGAAGCCACAGUUUGAUAAGGCAGCUUAAGGACACAAAUGCUGGAGAAAUGAGAACACAUCACUUUUAUCAAAGUUCAUUAAAAUAUAUACCCUUCUCUCUUAUGGCACAAUCACCCUGGACUGUCUCACACCAGUAGGUUGAGAAAUUACUGAUCCGAGAAAAUGGCUCUGAACCAGUGAGUUGACAUAAAAAUGAUGACCUCUGACACUGAAAUAAGCAAAUACCAGCUGCCUUCUAUGUGAAUAAAACAAAAGGUGGAAACAGAUAUUUGUAUAGUAAAAUUACAAGAAUUGCACUGUAGCAGGUCAGUUCCAAACAUUUCAGAAGCUGUUUUUGAAGUAGCCUUUUUGUGGGUGCUAUGCAAAACCAUUUCUGUCUGAUCAUCCAGGUCUUUGCUUUGGAUAUAGAUUAUCAUUGGAUGUUAGACUUUUAAUUUAUCUACCAUUGCACGUGUUUUUCUUCCGCCAUAAAGAUAAAAACCCUCAUGCAGCAUUGUUGAGACCAGAACCAAACCUACCACUCAUCAAACAAGGCCUUUUUUCUUGUUUUAGCUUUGUACGCGUAUCACUCUUGGUUUUUGACAGUGAAUUGAACAGAGGUCAGGGUUCAGCAGUCUUUUGAGUACAGGGUAUGUUUAUUCUGCUACACUUCUUAACGGUUUGUUUUUGAGUCUAUAAACUGCCAGGUUUGGGCAGAAAUUCAUUGGUUUGUUUAGAAUAUGUUUACUUCUCAUUUUGUUACUAAUUCACCAGAAGUUCAACACAAGAUUUGUUUAAGUUACAGCUGCCUUUUUUUUAGAUUUACUCAGCUUUUUUCUCAGCAUGUUUAAAAGAUAUAUGUUCAUUGCUUUCCUGUACAUAUAUCCAUCCUUUGUCUUCCGUUCAUCUGAGAUCAGUUCAUGUGGGCAACAGUUUCAAAAGUGGAACCUAAACUACUUCUCCCUGCAGUUCCCACCUCAUUCUAGGAGACCCCAAGAUGAUCUCGGUCCAGAAAGGAUAUAUAGUCCUUUUAUCCAGUUCUUAAUCUUCCCCGAGGUCUCCUCCCAAUGGGACAUACCCUUGGAGAUGUCCUAAUCAGAUGGUCUAACUACCACAUCUGACUCCUUUCAAGCCAAGUUCAAGCUCCUUUGAGCAGUGACUCCGCACUGAGCUUCUGCCACAUGACUGGAUCUACCUAGGAUAUCACUCUUUCACUCAUUUAUAACUCAUGGUCAUAGAUAAGAGUUGGAAGGCAGAUGAAAAACCAGAACAUUUUGGCUCAGCUAGUUCAUUAUUAAGACAGACCAGAGCAGCACCUGCAUUACUGCAGACAAGGUCCCGGUCCGUCUCCCCAUCUCCUACUCCAUCCAAUCUUCACUCGUGAAGAAGACACCAAAAAACUUAAACUCCUCCACUUGAGGCAAAGAUUGAGCUACAACGCAAAAGAUGUAAUCAAUCUUUUUCCGGUCGAGAACAAUGGUCUCAGUCUUAGAGGAGCUGACUCUUAUCUUGGUUGCUUCACACUUUGCUGCUAACUGUGCAAAUGCAUGCUGAAGAUGGCGACAGAACCACAUCAUGUGCACUGAGAGACAUCUUGUCCACAAACACCAAACACAGGAUGAGUGACCAUGGGCAGCCCUGGUGAAGUCCGACACGCAUUGGGAAUAAGAGAAUGCAGAAUAAAGCUUUACUUAGGUUUUACAAAGAUCAGGACAACCCUUACAAACCUUCCAGACCCCCCAUACUCCUCUUGUGAGGAAUACCUGACACAAUCCUAAGCCUUCUCCAGUUCCACUUAACACAUGUAGACCGGACAACCAUACUCCAGUGACUCUUUUAGCAAUUCCACGGGUAAAUAAUUGUUCUAUUGUUUCACAGUUACCUGUUAAACAUUUAAAUAUUGUUUUGAGUUUCUAUAGAUUACCUAAAAAGGUACAAUUUGAACCAAUAGCACAUAUUUUUGAUGGUGGAUCUAUAUGGUGGAUUGGAUUAGUUGUAAAAUAAUGCUAAGCAGGCAAACGUAAAACUGAGGACUCAUGAGUUGAGCCCUGACCUCUAUGGAAAUAAGGGAAAUUCUGAACUUGUCCCAGAAUUAGUAGAAGGAAAUGGUCACAAAGCUGAAAAUGCACAACAUAAAAGGUUAUCUUAGGAGUAUGGCAAAGAUUAUUGGGUGAAAGUACAGGUCAGUAUGCAGAAACAACCAGCAGAGACUCAAGCCUCCUAGGUGUCUUUGUUUGACUAUUGAAUGAAUGACACACAAUACAUAUUAUGUUCUGGGAUUUGCUUCACAUUUUGUUUACUCCUAAUCAACAGAUUUAGACCAGCAUUUAGGCAAAGCUAUGCAAAAAAUCAUGCCUGCUGUUUCAUUUUUACAACAGGGGUAGGAUAGGAGGUUCUUGUUGUAUCUUUUUACUCAACAAGAGAGCAAAUCCUUGCCAUUUUAAAAAGCCAGUCUGUGAAAAACACAGUUUGAAGUCCUGCAAAGCAGGUAGAUGAAGGACGGGACUCUCUAACUCCCGGUUUACUCCACAUGCCAUGUCACUAACAUCCUUUACUGGUUUCCCCAUCCAAACGUCGAAGCAUGAUGCAAAGAACUAUGGCAAUCAAAGUCGAAGAAACUGUUUCUUCCCUCUCUUCACCAGUGAGUGCUUCACUGGGUGUUUUCUUUAUACUGCCAAUUCAUGGUCACCAGAGGGUGCUGUUCAAAAGAGUAAAGGAGAAAUAGCUUUGUGAAAUGUGCGGGUUUAUGACAUAAGCUGGUAGUGUAUCUGAUAUAUUUCAGUGUCUGUUUUAUUCACCUUUUAGAUGAUGAAUGAAUGUGUGUCCAGUCAAAAUAGUUGCUAAUUCACCUUUUGGUAUAACACUGACAUCACCACUGACCCAAGUUGUGGAGGUUUGACAGAAAAGAAUAAAGAUUUCUGAUUGGUUCAGUGAAA